GAGCAGAGCCCCAGUAACCAGACGUCUCUGGCCAUGAUGCAGGAGCCCCAAGAGGUGGUGGAGGAGACGGUCACCAUCGAGGAGGACCCCGGCACCCCCACCUCCCACGUCUCCGUGGUAACCUCCGACGACGGCACCACCCGACGCACGGAAACCAAGGUGACCAAGAUGGUGAAGACGGUGACCACCCGGACGGUCCGGCAGGUUCCGCUGGGCCCGGACGGACUCCCCCUACCCGAGGGCUCGUCCCCGCUGGGCAGCUACACCGACUCCAUCGACCGGCGCUACGCCAAGAACGGCGGCGAGCGCUACAUCACCCCGCAGGCCACGUCCACGCUGACGCGCUCCUACAACAACUACAACGACUCGUACAGCGAGGCCGAGUACGGCCGCCACUACGGCCUGCACGACGGCUACGGCGACGUGACGGAGAACUACGGGAGCCUGUCGCGCGGCGUCAACUUCCGCCCGCCCCGCUACCCCUACCUGCCCAACAGCUACCGCCCGGAGAACAGCUACACCCUCCCCAUCCGGAAGGACGACUACGGCCACGUGGCGCAGCCCCAGGUGCCCAUGGGCACCAGCAGCGUGGACCUGAACCGCUCGCAGCCCGAGCGCUUCCAGGCGGAGCCCUACGGCCUGGAGGACGACCGGCGCAGCCUGGGCCCCGAGGAGGAGGAGCCGUACGAGCUGGAGCCCGACUACUCCACGGCCAACCGCCGCACGCUGGGCGCCAACCGCGGGCGCACCUUGCGGGAGCCGCUCCGCGACGGGCCGCGCGGCAGAGGGUACGAGGACCCCAUCGAGGCGGAGCUGAUCGACGAGCGCCACCCCUACAUCCACGGCAUGUACCCGGCGCCCCUGGCCCAGCCCGAGCGCGGCAGCAUGGCCAGCCUGGACCGCAUGGGCGGCCGGCGCUCGCCCUCCAUCGACAGCAUCCGCAAGGACCCGCGCUGGCGCGACCCCGACCUGCCCGAGGUCAUCGCCAUGCUGGGCCACCCCAUCGACCCGGUCAAGUCCAACGCCGCCGCCUAUCUGCAGCACCUGUGCUACGAGAACGACAAGAUCAAGAAGGACGUGCGCCAGCUGAAGGGCAUCCCCGCCCUGGCCGGCCUGCUGGACCACCCCAAGGCCGAGGUCCACCGCAAGGCCUGCGGGGCGCUGAGGAACAUCUCCUACGGGAAGGACCACGACAACAAGGUGGCCAUCAAGAACUGCGACGGCAUCCCCGCCCUGAUCCGUCUGCUGAGGAAGACCAAUGACAUGGAGGUCCGAGAACUCAUCACAGGAACUCUGUGGAACCUGUCGUCCUUCGAGCCUCUGAAGAUGGUCAUCAUCAACCACGGGCUGCAGACCAUGACCAACGAGGUCAUCAUCCCCCACUCGGGCUGGGAGCACGAGCCCAACGAGGACUCCAAACCCCGCGACGCAGAGUGGACCACCGUCUUCAAGAACACCUCCGGCUGCCUCAGAAACGUGAGUUCAGACGGUGCGGAGGCGCGGCGCAGACUGAGGGAGUGCGAGGGAUUGGUGGACGCCCUUCUCCACGCCCUCCAAUCAGCUGUCGGGAAGAAAGACAUGGACAACAAGUCGGUGGAGAACUGCGUGUGCAUCAUGAGGAACCUGUCCUACCACGUCCACAAAGAGGUGCCGGGGGCCGAUAAGUUCCAGGACCCGUCCGCCCCCCAGGCCCCAGGCUCGGCAGGGCCCCAGAGGAAGAAGAAGGAUGACGCAGGCUGCUUCGGGGGGAAGAAGGCCAAAGAGGAAUGGUUUAAUCAAGGCAGAAAAAACGGAGAGAACGACAAGAACUACGACACCCUGGACCUCCCCAAGCGCACAGAACCCACAAAAGGCUUUGAGCUGUUGUACCAGCCUGAGGUGGUGAGGCUGUACUUGUCUCUGCUGACGGAGAGUCAGAACUACAACACUCUGGAAGCUGCAGCAGGGGCCUUGCAGAACCUCAGCGCUGGACAAUGGACCUGGUCCAACUACAUCCGUGCUACGGUGCGUAAGGAGAAGGGCCUGCCCAUCCUGGUGGAGCUGCUGCGCUCCGACUCCGACAAGGUGGUCCGCGCCGUUGCCAUCGCUCUGCGCAACCUCUCCAUCGACCGACGCAACAAAGACCUCAUCGGAAGCUAUGCCAUGCGGGACCUGGUCAGCAACCUGCCCAGCGGGCAGCAGAGACCUGCCAAGAACCUGGAGGAGGACACUGUGGUGGCCAUCCUCAACACCAUCCACGAGAUCGUGACCGACAGCUCGGAGAACGCCCGCUCGCUCAUCCAGGCCCAGGCCAUCGAGAAGCUGGUGGCCAUCAACAGGACCAGCCAAUCACCACGGGAGACGAAGGCAGCAUCGCACGUGCUCCAGACAGUGUGGAGUUACAAGGACCUCCGGAACGCCCUGACCAAGGACGGCUGGAACAAGAGUCACUUCCAGCCCACAGCUGCUGCGGUCCCCAAAGCAGCCAAGAACGGCAAGCCGGGCUACGACGACACCACCCUGCCCCUGAUGGAGAAGAACCAAGGCACGCAGAAAUGUGGCAGUGGUGAUGUGGUACCUAUGGACGAACUUGGUCCAGAUGGUUACUCCACCAUUGACCAGAGAGACAAGGACUGCAAGUAUAAGCCUGGAGAUGGUUCAGUGGACCUGACAGAACGGGAGCCAUUAAAGAAUGACACAAAUAGGACACACUAUAUAAGGAGUAACAGGCCUACGGUCAGUCUGGUGGACGAUGUUAAACCCCAGCCUGUUGACUCCUGGGUCUAAAUGCAUGCAUGGAUUAAUCCCAACAGCGUCCCGACAUCUCACCCAGACCAGGAUCUCACCACUGCCAUCACACAUGUCGGCUCGUCAGCAGACUUUGUAAAGAGCAGAGAGAAAAACAAGCUAAACGAAAUACACAACCAUCCAGCAGGCCGACGUUUCAUGCUUUUCAGCAAAAAGAAAAUGAUGAAAAAAAAGUGACAUUCGCACAACAAAAAACAAACAAAAGGGGACUACUUCAAGUACUACUUAUCAUAUCUACAUUCCCACAGGACAUAAUGUGUAACCUGACAGCAUGGACUCUCGUAGAGCUCUGGGGUGUGAAGCAAUGGAGAUAGUUCUGGAAGAAACUGUGUGCGCGUUAAGCCGGAGAACAGAAGGUGAUGGAGAGAGGGAAAGGAUGUGUCUUUGGAAAGAAGAUGGGGGGAGGGUAACAGACUAAAUUAAUUUCAUUUUAACUUUAUUUUUCCCAAAUGCGCUUAGAUGGUUUUUCAAUGUUCUUUUUUGUUUGUUGGGUUGUUAUUGGGCGUGUUGAGAUUCUGUUUCGGUUGACGACAUCAUUUUUCAUCCGUUUUUUCUUUUCUACCGGGGUUGAAGGUGUGGACUGGUGUGGUGAAAGGUUUCUGAAGGUUGGUUUGGUUUGAGUGUAGGAAAUGAGAAAGAACAAGGAGACUGGAGCGAGAAAGACAGGAAAAAAGAGAGAGUUUGAACCGUCAGAGUGGGCAAAUCUGUUAACACACGGUUGCUCUCAUGAACCUAUUUUGAAUACAAUGUUUCACUGUGUUUCAUAAAGUGCACUGAAGUUGUGUUUGUUCAAAGUAUCGGUUUCUCGUUGGGUGCUAUCCACUUCAAUACGCCAAGCGACUGAAGCAUGACGUGUGCAAGUUGUGUCUGAGGUCAGGAGAGGUACAGAGAGUACUGGUCAUUGGUUACAGUGUGGUUGGUCACAACAUAUUUCCAAGCAAGGUUGAACAAAGAAAAGAAAACCAUUAAGAAGAGAUAUUAACCGAGUAGAUAUUCCAAGGUGGAUCCUGUUUGAUGAAGAUAUGUGAGUGUUCCUGUUGGUUGCUGUUUUUCAUGGAUAUGUAUUAAAGGUCAAAAGGAUAUAAGACAUGUUGUUUAUAAAUGAUUCUCUUAGAGAAAGUCAAUGGGUUACAUGGUAAAGGCUAGAUAAAAAGCAUUUUAUAUUUUUGUUGGUUUUAUACAAAUGUAUAUUAGGUUCAUAAAGAGGAAGGAAAUAAGAAAAAAAGAAAUACAAUGUACAAACUAGUUGUGUAUUCAUAACGGGUUGUUUGCAAAGCACAUUCGUUUGAUAAAAAAAAUUGCGGUCUUUGUAAACAGAAAUAACCACAUACUGAAGUGUGUAUCAAUCUGUAGAGUCAUGCUGAUGAUCACCUAUUUAUAUUUUGUACUGUCAAGAGUUAAAAAAAAUAUCUUCAGCUUUCUUUCUAAAGAUGAUAAAUACACAUUGAACCGAUGAUCUGGUGUUAUAUGAGAUUAGAGAGAGAGAGAG